GCUGUGGGAGGAGCCGUCUGUGUUCUAGAAUCUGGGCUAUCCAUGCUGAAGGGAUCUGCAUGCAGCUAAACGAUCUCCAAGAUGAACCUGACCUCCUCUAGGAUCCUGUCACUGUGCAGAUCCAUACCAAGAGCAUCCCAUCGGUAUUUCAGAUAUGACACCUGCGGCCAGUGGCAAGGCACGUCUAGUACAUAUCCGCACAGUCAGAUGACAUCACUGUAUGGACUUAAGAACCAGGUGUUUGCCAGAUGUUUGCACAGUCUCAGUGCAUUUAGCGGCUGCAAGUGUUGGAAGCCUGCUGUAUCCCACCAUUCACAUCACAAGACUGAGAUUCAUGGCUCGAAGAGAUCACUUAGUUUUUCUGCUGCUGUCGUGGUUGAAUCGAUGCCAAAAAAUGUUCAGCCUUACCUACGACUUAUGCGAUUGGAUAAACCAAUUGGAACUUGGUUGUUGUACUUACCCUGCACGUGGAGUAUAGCUCUAGCCGCAGAGCCGGGUGGACUCCCAGACAUAUCCAUGCUGGCCCUGUUUGCCACAGGAGCAGUUCUGAUGCGUGGUGCUGGCUGUACUAUAAAUGAUAUGUGGGACAGAGACUUUGAUAAGAAGGUGGAAAGAACAGCAAGCCGGCCUAUUGCAUCUGGGGACAUAUCUCGGUUCCAGGCAUUGGUUUUUCUCGGUGGACAGCUCAGUCUGGCACUUGGUGUGCUGUUAUGCCUGAAUAAUUAUAGUAUUGCCCUUGGAGCAGCUUCUCUGUCGCUGGUAAUAACCUAUCCAUUAAUGAAGAGGAUAACGUACUGGCCACAACUUGUGUUAGGUUUGACAUUCAACUGGGGAGCCUUGCUUGGAUGGUCUGCUGUGAAAGGGUUGUGUGAUUGGUCAGUGUGUCUCCCUUUAUAUGUGUCUGGAGUAAUGUGGACCCUGAUAUAUGACACAAUUUAUGCGCACCAAGACAAAAAGGAUGAUGUACUUGUUGGGGUGAAAUCAACUGCUUUGAGGUUCAAUGACCAGACAAAGCAGUGGCUAAGUGGUUUCAGUGUGGCACUGCUAUCAGGAUUAACAUUAACCGGCCUCAGCUGCGAACAAACAUUACCCUAUUACACUGCUGUUACACUUAUUGGUGCCCACCUUGCUCAUCAGAUCUACACAUUAGACAUAAACAAUGCUGAAGAUUGUUGGAAAAAGUUCAGCGCAAAUCGUACAGUGGGAUUAUUGCUCUUCCUCGGCAUUGUGCUUGGAAACUUGUGGAAGGGACAUAAUGCCGAUAACAUCAGAGAAAGGUGAAACGCAAGCACUCAGCAAUAAAUGGACUGGCCUGGUUGAUAGGACUGAAGUAGAAUGUAUCUGAAAGUUACCUGGAAUCAUUUCACACACUUGAAAAAUCAAUGUGUAAGUAACAACACUUCAAGGAGAAGUUUUCAAAACAUGAUAUAGUUCAGUGAUGCCACAUUGCACAACAACUCUCUAAAAAAUUGCAACUGAAAAGGCACUGAGGAAUCACCCAAUUUCUGGAUAAACAAUAUACUGUAAAUAAUGGACAAAAAAAGUUGGUGUAGACAGUUAAAUUUAAGAUGAAAAUACGCAUUACAUUUUGUGGGGAAAAUAAAAUUGUAUUCUUGCCUUUUUGGUAUAGAGCAGUGGUGUGCCACAUGGAAAUGACCAGGCAUGAGCACAGUUCGAAAGUCACGUGGGCUUCACUGCUCUAAUGUUUUCUAUUCACUGACUGUAGUAAUAUAUUUUAUUUGAAAAAACAAUUCAUCAUCAU